GUGGAAAUUUGGAAUGCGAGAGGCUUCGUACUUAAGACAACACCAACGUCCCCCACCCGGGCCAAAAAGAUCGAAACGAAGUCUCGAGAGAAGGAAAUGGCGGAGGAGGUGAAGCUGGGAUCGUCGAAGCCGAUGGUCGCCAAACAGGAGGAGAUGGUAGAGGCGCGGGUGCCCAUCCCCUACCGCGACCAGUGCGCCCACCUCCUCAUCCCCCUCAACAAAUGCCGCGUCGCCGAGUUCUACCUCCCCUGGAAGUGCGAGACCGAACGCCACACCUACGAGAAGUGCGAGUACGAGCUCGUCAUGGAGCGCAUGCUCCAGAUGCAAAAGAUCCGCGAGCUCAAAGAGAAGAAGAAGGCCGCCAAGAUCCAGGGCAAAUCCCCCAUCCCCCUCAUCCCCUCCACCGCCAACGCCUGAUAUCCUUUUCCCUCUUUCUUCCCCUUUCUUCUGACAACUGAUCGUUUUGGUUGGUGACAGAUAUUCCUGCAUAUAAGUGAUAAUAGAUGUUUGGUUGUAAGUGUACUUAUAUUACUAUUACAGAUGUAUUAUCCCAUGUUGUGGUGUCUGAAAUUUCUGUAUGAUUUUGGGUUUACCACUUUGAUUCUUGAUGGAACUAUUUUGAGAUGUUUCACU